AUGGAGACUAAUUUUUCCUUCGACUCAAAUUUAAUUGUUAUUCUCAUUAUCACGUUGUUUGCCACAAGAAUUAUUGCGAAACGGUUCUUAUCUACUCCAAAAAUGGUGUCCCAAGAAACAGUUGCCCACGUAAAGGAUCUGAUUGGCCAAAAGGAAGUGUUUGUUGCGGCGAAGACAUACUGCCCUUACUGUAAAGCCACUUUGUCUACUCUAUUCCAGGAAUUGAACGUUCCUAAAUCGAAGGCCCUUGUCUUAGAAUUGGAUGAAAUGAGCAAUGGCUCAGAGAUUCAAGACGCUUUGGAAGAAAUUUCUGGCCAAAAAACUGUGCCUAACGUGUACAUCAAUGGCAAGCACAUUGGUGGUAACAGCGAUUUGGAAACUUUGAAGAAAAAUGGUAAGUUAGCAGAAAUAUUAAAACCAGUAUUCCAAUAA